GUCCUUCGUGGACGCUACACGGAGAGCGGACUGAGUCUGAGUCGCGCGCCGUGUGUGUGUGUGCAGGAUACAGUGUGGAUUAUCCCCCGCCUUUGGUUGGGUUCUCUUAUUCUUUUUUUUCCAUUCUCGUUUGGAUUCCGUGUGUCAGCACCGUGUCCGGUUCCACCGCUCACCGAGAGAGAGAAGGAGAGGGAGGGAGAGAGAGAAGGAGCAUGUCCGCGUCCGCCGCAUCGCACACGGGUUUCGGUCUACCUGAACACACACACACACGCUCCGAGCCGCAGUAGCAAUUAAAUUCCCUAUAUAAAUAAACAAAUAAAUAAAAGCAACCGGAAACCGGAACCUGUUCUCGCCUGAGCACCGGUGCGCGGAUCUACAGCAGCAACCAUGGGCUUCUACGGCACCUUAAAGAUGAUUUUUUACAAAAUGAAGAGGAAGUUGGACCAUGGACCCGAAGUUCGGCCGUUCCCUUCAGGCAAAAAGCCCUGUCCGAGUCCGACGGGUUUGGUCCCGUAUCCAUCCACCCCCACUACAUUUGGCGACUUGAGAGCUGCUAACGGACAGGGACAGCAGAGACGCCGCAUCACCUCCAUCCAGCCUCCGACGGGCUUACAGGAAUGGCUCCGUACCUUCCAGAGUUGGAGCGGGCCGGAGAAGCUCUUGGCGCUGGACGAGUUGAUCGACAGCUGUGAGCCGACGCAGGUGAAGCACAUGAUGCAGGUGAUCGAGCCACAGUUCCAGAGAGACUUCAUCUCCCUACUGCCCAAAGAGUUGGCUCUGUAUGUUCUGUCCUUCUUGGAGCCGAAGGAUUUGCUCCAGGCCGCUCAGACGUGUCGAUACUGGCGAAUCCUGGCGGAGGACAACCUGCUCUGGAGAGAAAAAUGCAGAGAAGAAGGUAUCGACGAGCCGUUACACAUCAAGAGGAGGAAGGUGGUGAAGCCAGGAUUCAGUCACAGCCCGUGGAAGAGCGCCUACAUCAGACAGCACCGCAUCGACACCAACUGGAGGAGAGGAGAGAUCAAAUCACCUAAGGUGUUGAAAGGACACGACGAUCACGUAAUCACAUGUCUGCAGUUUUGUGGGAAUCGUAUUGUUAGCGGUUCAGACGAUAACACGCUCAAAGUGUGGUCUGCAGUCACGGGAAAGUGUUUGAGGACGUUGGUCGGGCACACGGGCGGCGUCUGGUCCUCUCAGAUGAGAGACAACAUCAUCAUCAGCGGCUCGACGGAUCGAACUCUGAAGGUGUGGAACGCGGAGACGGGAGAGUGCAUUCACACGCUGUACGGACACACGUCCACCGUGCGCUGCAUGCACCUCCACGAAAAGAGGGUGGUGAGCGGCUCUCGGGACGCGACGCUGCGCGUAUGGGAUAUCGACUCGGGUCAGUGUUUGCACGUGUUGAUGGGUCACGUGGCGGCGGUGCGCUGCGUGCAGUACGACGGACGCCGCGUCGUCAGCGGAGCCUAUGACUUCAUGGUCAAAGUGUGGGACCCCGAGACCGAGACGUGCUUACACACACUGCAGGGACACACCAACCGGGUCUACUCACUACAGUUCGACGGCGUCCACGUGGUCAGCGGUUCUUUAGACACGUCCAUCCGCGUGUGGGACGUGGAAACGGGGAACUGCAUACACACGCUCACGGGUCAUCAGUCCCUCACCAGCGGCAUGGAGCUGAAAGACAACAUCCUGGUGUCGGGCAACGCCGACUCGACGGUCAAAAUCUGGGACAUAAAGACGGGACAGUGUCUCCAAACGCUGCAAGGUCCUCAUAAGCACCAGAGCGCCGUGACGUGUCUGCAGUUCAACAAGAACUUUGUGAUCACGAGUUCGGACGACGGCACGGUGAAGCUGUGGGAUUUGCGCUCGGGAGAUUUCAUCCGGAACCUGGUGAGCCUGGAGAGCGGCGGCAGCGGCGGAGUCGUGUGGAGGAUCCGAGCCUCCAACGUGAAGCUGGUGUGCGCCGUGGGCAGCAGGAACGGCACCGAGGAGACCAAACUGCUCGUGCUCGACUUCGACGUCGAACUCAAGUGAACUGGACAUGAAGCGAAGGGAGAGAAAGAGAGGCGGGGGUUGGGGGGUUGUGCAGAAACGGGCCUCCUCGCGCAGCUCCGCCACUGGACUCACCACUGCUCACCGUUCCUGCCAUGAAUCGCCCCUUUAGUGACCGCUGCUGCGAUUUAUUUUUUUGGUUGAAAGGGGGGGGGAACGAGGGUUGUGCUUCUUCAGAAAGGGGGUGGGGCAUAACUGAAGUGCGCCUUCUUGCGCAGCUCUGAGACUGGACCCCCACCGUAUAGAGGCAUCAUCCUCCUCCAUCUUUAGAAAGGGGUGGGGGCAGGAACGAGGAGGCGGGGCUUCUGCAUUCUGGGAAGGAAGGCUUCCUCAUGCAGCUCCAUGACUGGCAUCUGCUUGUCUGGUCCCUUUUGUGUUUUGUUUUUUUUUGUGGGGUGGGGGGGGGGGGGGGAUUAUGGGGGUUCUGUGCAGCAAAGCAUUCUGGGAAGGAACAGGAUUUAAUUAUUUUUUUUUUUCCCCUUCACUCCCUUUCUCACAGCGUUUCUUGCUCAGAGACUUGCUGAUACAAGCCUGCACACCCCAGACAGCAUUAUCUCUCUAUUUGUGUUCUUUUUGUGUUUGUUUGUUUGUUUGUUUGUUGUGUUGUUGUUUUUUUUUCUUUCUUUUUAAACCGAUACGAACAAGUCGACACUGUAUGCAUGACGUGAGCGAGGAAGCCGAGUUGACACAGGAUAAAAAAAAUGGAUAAAAGAUCUUUGAGAUUUAAAUGUGAGGAUUUAACAACAACGACAAAACAAAACACACACACACACACACACAAAGCACCCUCGAUACUUGUAAGAGAGAUCCGUGUUUCUCCCCAACACACCCACUCACACACACAAUUAUUUAGUGUUCAAUGCACAACUGUGAAUUUAAGUGUCAUUCUUUCUUUCUUUCUCUUCUUUUUUUUUUUCUUUCUUCUCCUCCACGAGCGUCAGCGUCUUGUGUUCUUGUUGUGUUUCAGUUUCUCUCCACCGUUACCUCUACAACGAGUCUCAGUAUUAAUAUAAAGGCAGGCAGUCUGGCGUAAAAACAAAAACACACGAUGUUCCCCUCAUCCUGAAUGUAGUCGAUCGGACAGGAAGUGCUAAGAUCGCUAAUGAUAAAAGGAAGUUUAGCGCUGCUAGGUUAGCGUUGUGCAAACUGCAUGUCUGACUCAUCACAUUUGCCUCAAAAGACAUGGAUGUCACGAUGCUAAACUGGAGGUCGUACGCUCCUCUUGUUUAUUAGCCACGUUAGCAGCGUAAACGUCAGAUGUGGAUUAUAUUUGGGUUGAAGGAGGAAAAUGGUGGACAUUUUGUUUGUUUGUUUGUUUGUUUGUUUGUGUUUGUUUUUUUUGGUCAGAUGUGUGUCUUUACGUGCUGUUCCACAUCCUCAGUGCAGUUCUGUUUCUGUUGUCGCUGUUCUCUGUUUCCUCACGUUGGCUCAGAACCGUCGCUUCAUGGGAGAUUACAAAUUCUUAUUGUUUUUGUUUUGUUGUUGUUUAUUUUACUUAUAAGCCCCUUGGAAGCCCCGCCCCUUCCUGUUCCUUUUCUCCCAGUGGCCAAACUGAACUUAAUGCUGCUAGUCACUCAUGCGGGACUUUUGUUUGUUUUUUUUUUGUUUUUCCUCUCUCUUUCUCUCUUUCCUCCACUGGCUGUGACGUUUUAGUCCCAGACUAAAUCCUAAAAGAAUUUAGACUUAUAAAUAAAUCAACAAAAGACACACACAAGAUAUGAAAUCGGAAUUUUUUUUUUUUUUUUUGCCACUGAAACUUGAGCCAAAUGUGCCUCUACGAGGCUGAAAGAGCGAGAAGGUCCGACGACUAUGGACGAUGCCGAGUGUGUGUGCCUGCGUGUGUGUGUGUGUGUGUGUGUGUGUGUGUGUGUUUGAGCAUCGUUCACACAUUCCUUGGGACGGAAGUUCUGUUGGGGACGUGUUGGAUGGAUUUCUUCUCUUUUUUUUUUUUCCUCUCCUUUGGAUUAGAGCAUCGGAUUGACGGAAAGUCGGACCCGCUCGUCGUUCUUUCUGAAGAGGGGACAACAACAACAACAACAACAACAAAGAAAAAAAAAAAAAAAAAAAGCGUCAACGUAGCCAAACCCGUUCGUCUCAUUCUCCGAGUCACACACUCACGCUGAACUGUGAAACUGGUUUAACACUGUAUAUUACGAUUAAAAAAAAAAAACAAAAAAAAAAAGAGGAAACAAGUUCUUUCUCCAGUUUUUAGUUUUUAUUUAUGGUCUGGUUUAAGAAAAUCAGAUGAUGGAGGUGUUUAUUUUUCUUUCUUUCUUUUUCAUUCUUUUUUUUUUUUUCCAGUCCAAACUGCCUGGUGUAACAGACAGAUUAAAAAAAAAUACAGCAAAACCUUAAAGGGAUUGUCUAUUAGAAUUUUUAUUUUCUUAUAACUUAAGUGCAAUAAAAUGUGGGGUUGUUAUUAUUAUUAUUUUUUUUCUUGGUUUUUUUUCGUUUCAUUUCAAGCUUCUUUUUUUUUUUUCUUUUUGUCACUGUGUGAAAGUGUCAUAUGUGCCCAAUAAAGCUUCUACGGUUUAUUGUA